AUGCAGACAAUAUCAACAACUACGAUAGUCUUUUUACUAGCUCUGGUCUGUGUUAUGAAUACUCAAAAGUCAAUUCAUUGGGCAGGAUAUCAAUGGUUCCUGCGGAACGAUCAAAAUAGUGGACCUGGUCCAAACAAUUGGAACUCAAAUAAUGUAUGGGUCGAUAAACAGAAUAAACUUCAUUUGAAACUUCGUUAUUCACCUAUGACACGUGGAUGGACAUGUGCUGAGUUAUAUACCAAAGUAAAAUUUAGUUUCGGCACUUUCCGAUGGUUUGUAGAAGGAGCAAUUGAUCAAUUUGACCCUAAUGUAGUAUUGGGUAUGUUCACUUACGGAGGUGUUGAUGGUACAAAUGAAAUUGAUAUUGAAGUAGCUAAAUGGGGUCAAAGAGAUCCAAAAGCAUCAAAUAUUUUUUAUACAGUCUAUCCACAUAAAUUGGGUAUUGCUCAACCAGUAUCAUCCGGCACACGUAUAUCUCUACAAGGAACGUACACAACUCAUCAGUUUACUUGGAGUCAUAAAAAAGUUUCUUUCCUAGCCCAAUAUGGUUUUAUGACCUCACCAAAGAAAAAUAUUUUUUAUUCAUAUCAAACACCAAUUAGAUUUGCAUCAUCGAUGCCUUAUACUAGUGCUCCUCUACAUAUGAACCUAUGGAUGUUUCAAGGUAAACCACCAACUAAUGGUAAAGAGGUGGAAAUAAUUAUUCAUAAUUUCAAAUAUACUAAAGCUUAG